CCUGGACACAACCACCGCAGCUUGUAGCAGCGGCACGUCACCUACCUGCAGCCAUGGGGAGCCAUCAGGAUUUUCGGAGCCUCCAAGCCAAGUUCCAGGUCUCUCAGUCACAGCCCAGUGACCUCCCCCCAAAACCCCCAAAGCCUGAAUUCAACAAACUCCAGAAGAAGUUUCUGUCCCCGGAGUUCCCAGAGUUCCCCAAGAAGCCCUGCAAACUUGAGGUCAGUGGAGUCUCCAAGAAGCCGCUGCAGCCCGAGGCCGGGGAGACCAAGCAACCCUCGCAGCCAGAGCCUCCUGCGCUUGGCCAAAAGCCCCCGCAGCCUCAGCUCAACCAUCCUGCCAAACCCCCCUCAGAACCCAGGCCCAGUGUACUCCCCAAGAAGUUUCAGCACCCUGGGGCCAGCCAGAGGCCCUCACCAGCUGAGUCCAUUACCUUCCCCAAGAAGCCACCUCAGCCCCAGUCUGGAGGCCUCAUCAGAAAGUCACUGCCACAGCCUGAGUUCAGCCAGGGGCCCCCACUGUCCCCCUUAAAGCCAGGGCCCUGUGAACCCUACCCCAACUCCCCACAGUCUGACUUUAGCACCUCUCCCAGGAAGUCUCCACAGCCCCAGGCCAGUGGGCCUCCCAAGAAGUUACUGCUGCAGUCCGAGUCCAGCGAGGUCCCUCUGACACCCCCCUGGAAGCCUGAGACCAGUGACCCCCAAUCCCAUGCCCCCCAGCAGGGGGGCUUCAGUAUGUUUCCCAAGAAGCCACCCCAGCCCCAGCCAAGUGACCUCCCCAGGAAGCCCCCCCACCAGCCUGAGUUUGGUGACCUGGCCAGGACCUCCUCAGAGCCCCAAGUCAGUGUGAUUCCCAAGAGGUCACAGCAGCUGGAGCUCAAGGUGCUUCCCAAGAAGCUCCCACAGGCUGGGGCGGGUGGUCUCCCCAGGACCUCCUCAGAGCCUGAAUUCAGCUCGCUCCCUAGGAAGCUUCCACAUCCUGAGCACCAGGGGUCACCUCGCAAGUUCUCACAGCCUGAGCCCAAUGCUGGGGUUAAGAAGCCCCCCACACAGUCAGAGCCCUUUAAGGGUUUUCCUCGAAAGCCACCACUCCCCGGCUGGGUUUCUGAAAGCUCGCUGCCUGCUGCCAUGGCCGGCUCCAGCCCUGGGUCUGGUCUGGCUGGAACCCCCCGCUGGAGGUCAGAGGACCUCCGAGCCCAACACCUACCCCGGAGAAGGCCUCUGCCACCUGCCAGCAGCCUGGGAUCCCCUCCAGUCAAGCCCCCACUGCCCCCAGGCCCCCUCAAUAUCCAGAGUUUUCGGAGACUGUCAGCAGCAGGCACAGCUGGAAGGACAACCUGCUCUUCAGUUGGAACCCAAGCCCAACAGCCAAAGAACACCCCACAGGACCCUGAUGAGAUCUACGAGUUAUAUGACAAUGUGGAAUCCACCGAUGACCCAGGCCCCAGGGGCAGAGAUAAAGUGGUAUCUACCCACCCAGCAACCAAGAGGCCACUGCAAGAGCCAGAGCUCAGGAAAGAGAAGGCCCCACCAUCACAGCAGUUACCAUCCAUGGACCCAAAGCAGCUGAAGCAGAUCAGAAAGGCAGAGAAGGCAGAGAGGGAGUUCCGGAAGAAGUUCAAGUUUGAAGGUGAGAUCGUGAUUCACACAAGGAUGAUGAUCGACCCCAAUGCUAAGACCAGGCGCGGAGGUGGCAAGCACCUGGGGAUCCGGCGUGGAGAGAUCCUGGAGGUGAUCGAGUUUACCAACAAGGAAGAGAUGCUGUGCCGGGACCCCAAGGGCAAGUAUGGCUAUGUGCCCAGGACCGCACUGCUGCCCCUGGAAACGGAGGUGUAUGACGAUGUUGGCUUCUGGGAUCCUCUGGACAACCAACCAUUUCCCAGGGCACAAUAGGCCCACAGGUGGGUCCCAGGACCACCCACCCAGCCACCUACUAACACAGGAGCCCAGCUUGGCAGAGGUGGCUGCUCAGGUGCCCAGCGAUCACAUA